UCUUUGUUACUUUGCUUACAAGCUGCAUAUUUCUUUUGCUGAAAAAGGUUCUCAAACACAAGUCAGCAGUGUCGUUACUUAAAUUUAACUCAGCUAGCCCCAGUCAGCUCGUUAGCUAAUUAGCCGACGGAUGCUAGCGUGGCUGUAAUGAAACACCGCAGUUAACGUUUCUUAUGGAGGAAAAGCUAUCACAGGAGAAUGGACAGAUAUCACCAACACUCAAGGAAGAGGAAGAGGAGAUGGAGGUUACCGUGAGCACACAACUAGAACAUCUGAUCGUAACACCAGACAGCACAGACACGUCAUCAAACACACAAAUGCAUCCAAAGGAACCGGGUGACGUACAUACAGACUCAACAGCAGCAAUGCCUUCUUUAGUCAGUGUGUGUAAGACAGAGAACUAUGAUGACGGCGAUUCAGAAGAUUCAGACAGUGACAGCUCUUCCUCCUCCUCCUCCUCUUCUUCUUCCUCCUCCUCCUCCUCCUCUUCUCCAUCUGCUCUCGUGUUUGAGGAGGAAGAUGAUGAGGGUUUCAGCCAACCAGCCCCCAUCAAAACCAGAGAUGAAGUCCUGCUUGAGGAGCUGCCAGCAGCGGAGGAGGUGUGUGUGUCGUUACCAGAAGACGCAGAACUGCAGCCAGUUGGAACAGUCUCUAGUAUUCUGCAGCAGCUGGUUAUCAUCCAGUCUCUGAAAGACACGCCCCCUCUGACCGAUGACAGCAUCAUCUUUCGAUCUGAUAAGCUGGCUAUAGGCAAGGUGUUUGAAGUGUUCGGUCCAGUGUCCAGUCCACUGUAUAUUCUGCGUUUUAACUCUACAGAACAGAUAAGCAGCAAGAGGCUGACAGAGGGACAGACUGUUUAUUACGCACCGACCAUUAAAGAGUACACAGGAUAUAUCCUCACACAACAGCUUAAACUUUUUAAGGGAUCUGAUGCAUCCUGGAAAAAUGACCAAGAGCCACCAGAAGAGGCUUUAGAUUACAGCGAUGAUGAGAAAGAGCAGGAAGCCAAGAGGAAAGUGAAAAACUCCAAAAAGAAGAGGGACAAUAACAAAACAGAUAAUCCCGCCCACAUUACCCAGAACACCUCGCAGCAUCAGCAGCAUCAGCAUGACGUCAAGGAUUUCCCGCCAAGACACGCAGGAGCUCCGUUCAGGCACCAGAACCCGAGAAACAAACACCCACCAGUCCGACACACACACACUCCACCCAGACACACACACCCGCCACCUAGACAUAUGAAUAUCUCCCCCAUGUACCUCCCUCCUCCCUGCCCAUACCCUCCCCCUCCUCCACUCCCUCCUCAUCAUUUUCCCCCACCCAACUUCCCUCUCUACCCUCCUCCUCCUCCAUCCUUCUUCAAUCCGUCUUUCUCCUCUCCUCUCUGGCCACCAAACGCUGUCCCCUUCUCUGAUCUCCCCCCUCCUCCUCCCCCACCUCAGUGAUAUUUCAACACUCACUCUGCUGGUGAGUUUAUAUUCUGCUUUAUUCUUGUCAGAAGAAUAUGCCAUCUUUUUUGUAGACUGUCAGACCGGACAGUUGGACAAAUCACCCUCGUGUGCCAAUAACUGGCUCUGCUUUUUAGCAUCGCACAGUCAUUGAUUACAAAUAAAUAUUUACUUAAGUUACGUUUAUGUUUAAAGUGAUGUGCAGUGACCAACCACAACUAUGAGUUAAAUUUGUAUUUUUUAUUUGUUGGUUUGUUUUAUUGAUGUGUCAUAAAGCUGUAUUUUUGCCACAUCUAUAGACGUUAUUAGAUUUCCUGUUGGAGCAGUAGUCAGUAGUCAAAAUGUAUAAUCCAAGCAAAUGUGACACCACUGUCAAGCAACACACCAAUUAUGAUUACUGUCACUUACUCACACACACAAGUACGCAAACACUAGAGACGCAUUGUGAAGUGAACCUCAAUGGUGGCACAGAGUUGUGAAAGAGCAACGUGUCAUUGUGUUUCCUGCAAACCUCUAGCCUUCUAUAUUUUUGAAGGCUUGUGUAUA